UAUCGUGGAACAAUAAAAAAGGGUAUUUAUAUUCAAUUAGGAAUGAUUCAACUACCUCCACACGGGGGUCUACCAAAAUGGCUUGGAUAAAUAAGAUUCAUGGUAUCCUUUUUUCCAAGGAUUAUCGAGAGUUUGAACGAGAAUUGGAACACGAAAUAUAUAAACUUGACGUAAAAUCAUUAUCUACAGGCAUUGAGGAUUCAUCAGUCUCAAUUGGUGAAUUUACAGAAGAAGCUGAAGAAGCUGAGAAAUCAAGAACUCGUUUCAAACAAUUUGCUUUUGGGGGAGAAGAAAAAGUAUUCGAUAUGGUUAGAGCUGAUCCGAAUGAUCAAAAAAUGAGUAAUCUUCAAAUUGAAGAAAUUAAGAAAAAGGUUCCUCGAUGGUUAUACAAACUGACUUCUGAUUUGGAUUUUGAAGAAGAGGAGGAGGAGGAGGAGGAAGAAGAUGAUCAGGAAGAAUCCACAGAGGAUCACGGGAUUCGUUCAAGAAAAGCCAAACGUGUAGUAAUUUAUACUGACACUGAUACCGAUGAGGAUACUAAUAUCAUUAAUACCAAUGAUAAUAUCAUCAAUACUACCACUGAUAAUAUCAUUAAUACCAAUGAUAAUAUCAAUAAUACUACUGAUAAUAUCAGUAAUACCACCGAUAGUAAUCAAGAAAAAAAUAGUGAUGAUCAAGUCGAAAAAGGUGAUCAAAGAGGAAAAGGAAAUGGUGAUCAAGCCAAAAAGAAAAGGGUGAUCAAGCCAAAAAUGGUGAUCAAGAGGAAAAGGAAAUGGUGAUCAAGCAGAAGAACAUGAAAUGGCCUUGAUACGUUACUCGCAACAAUCAGAUUUUCGUCGUGAUAUAAUCAAAGGGUCGAUGCGGGC